AUGAUGGCCAACCAUCGGCGGCGGCUCGGCGAGUUUUUGUUAUCGGAGCCAAUAAUCCAUCGCAUACAAUCUUUUCUCAGUGGUAAAGAAGCUGCCCGAACGACUGUCCUGUCUAAAUCUUGGCGCAAAGCCUGGCUCACUCGCCCCAGCUUGGACUUCGGUAUUUACGACUUUACCUUUGCUGAUGAAUUAUCAAGGUUCAUGGACAAGACUAUUCAAAGGUAUGAAGAAUCGAACCUAAAGAUUGAGAGUUUAACUCUAACAAUGGCACUCGCAGUAUGUGUUACCUUAAGUCUUCCUAACUUGCGAAAUCUAAGGCAUCUGGAGCUGAGGCAUAUGAGAAUUUAUACCUCGUUUUUUGGUGACUUAUCUUGUAAAUUUCCUUUGCUGAGAGAUUUAUCUAUGGUUCACUGCGCUUACCAAGGGGAUUUACUCAUAUCUAGCCCAACAAUCGAGUAUCUAAACAUCGAGUAUCUACGCUUCGAAACAAAUUGUAUUGAGAAGACAGUAAGUGUCGAGUUUGAUGUUCCAAGUAUUCGUAAGUUUAAGUUUACAAGCUCGAACAAAUUAUUAACCGAUUUGAGAUGCUACAAAAUUCACCUCUCUAUGAAAGUAGGCCACACACAAUGCUUCAGUAAUGACGAGUGGGAGUUCAAUGGCUUGACACUGCACCAAGUCGAGCAGUUGACCGUAGAUGGCAUGUACUGCAACACUCUGUCUUUGACUUGUUCUGCUCUUUUUGAUGGUUUGUUUCGGUUGUGCUGUCCAAAGUUCAUCACUCAGCCUAAUCACACUCCUAAUUACCCGAGCGAUUUCCUUUUUAAGACCUUUCUCCGGCUAAAUUACGAAUGCUCGGGUAGGAUCCUUGGUGGUUUGCGGCAUCUUGAGAAAGUAAGAGCUCAGAUUUUUGAUGAAGAUGGUCACACUUGGCGGCUUAUUCCGUUGGAUACUUGGGAUGUCUUGAAGGACCAGAAAGAAAUCUGCUUCCAGUUAAUGUGGAGAGAUGAAAGGCAGCAGCCAGGAGGAAUGGAUCCACCGCCCAUGGGAAUGGAUCAUCGUCAGCAGCAGCCUCCACAGCAACAGCCGUACCCACCGCAGCAGCACCAGCCAGCUCAGGCGCAGCCGCCUUCAUUCUGGCCUCAGCAACACUACGGUGCGACGCCUGCUAACGCGGCCUCCUCUGGGCAGGCAGGUGGCGGAACGGAUGAGGUUCGAUCUCUGUGGGUUGGGGAUCUUCAGUACUGGAUGGACGAGAAUUACCUCAGCAACUGCUUCUACAACAGCGGAGAGUUUGUAUCUGCUAAGGUAAUUCGUAACAAGCAAACAGGCCAAUCCGAGGGGUAUGGCUUCCUUGAGUUCAGGACUCGUGCUGCUGGUGAAAAUAUACUUCAAACAUAUAAUGGUACAACAAUGCCCAAUUCUAAACAGCCUUUCCGCAUGAACUGGGCCUCUCUAGGCGCUGGAGAUAAGCGCUCAGAUGGUGGGCCCGAGCACACAAUUUUUGUGGGGGAUUUGGCUGGUGAGGUCACAGAUUACAUCUUGCAGGAAACUUUCAGGGCUGUGUACCAAUCUGUCAGGGGUGCAAAAGUUGUUACUGAUAGGAACACUGGACGUUCAAAGGGUUAUGGAUUUGUCAAAUUUGGCGAUGAGAGAGAGCAACAAAGGGCAAUGAAUGAGAUGAAUGGUGUGCCCGAGAAAAUGCCGAAACUGCCCAAAGGUCUAUCUGAAGCAGAAACCCACGCCCCAGACCAACCUCAAAGCAGACCCUCCCCUUUGCAGUAA